AUGCUAAACAGACAGGCUCCUCUUCCUCCAGUGCCACAGUCCCCUGCCAUCAUGCACAUGCUGGACAAGUCUGGAUCCUGCGGCAAAUACGACAGCUAUCAGAGGCCGGAGGGUUUCCCCGUGGAAGUGCGAGCUCUGGCUAAAGAGAGGCAAAAGAAAGACAACCACAACCUCAUCGAGAGAAGAAGGCGGUUCAACAUCAACGAUCGCAUCAAAGAACUGGGAACCUUGAUUCCAAAAUCCAACGAUCCAGACAUGCGCUGGAACAAAGGCACCAUUCUCAAGGCGUCUGUGGACUACAUCAGGAAGCUCCAGCGGGAGCAGCAGAGAGCCAAAGAGCUGGAGACACGGCAGAAGAAGCUGGAGCAUGCUAACCGCCACCUCAUGCUACGGAUACAGGAGCUGGAGAUGCAGGCUCGCGCUCACGGCUUGUCCAUCUCCUCCGCUCUCUGCCCGGCCGAGCUGGGGCCGCGGCACAUCAAGCAGGAGCUGCCCUUGGAGGACUGUCACCGGGACUUGUACACGCUGCACCCCUCCCAGCAGCACCAGCCCUGCACCCCGGACCACCCCUCAGACCCCGCUAACUUUCAAGAGCCCGCCCACUACCACAAACCGGGCUCCAAACUCAACGACAUCCUCAUGGAAGACACGCUGUCCCCGGUGAGAGGCGACCCGCUGCUCUCCUCCGUCUCCCCCGACCCGUCACAGGACAGCAGCCGCAAGAGCAGUGUGAGCAUGGAUGAGAACGAGCAGACGUGUUAG